AUGGCGUGCCCUGCCGAGUCUCAUCCGGCGCCGGGCGCCACCUUGACGCUGCUGUUGUCGGAGUGCGAGGGGGCGCCGGCGCAGCUCAACCCACCCGUGGUGCCUUCCAUGCAGGAGUGCUGCUGCAUGGGGGGCUUUGUCCUGGGCGGCACGCAUGGCGGCGCCGGCAAGUCUGUUGUCGCGGCGGCCAUCGCAUGCGUCCUCAGGGAUCGAGGGCUUGAUGUGCGCAGCUUCACUCUCGGCGCCGCAUUCACCGGGGCGCCCGCGCCCACGGGCGACGACGGCGGCCUCUGCAACGGCGCCAGCCACGACGGGAGUGACUGCGCGUGCGGCGGCGCCGGCGCUGGCGCCGGCGCUGGCGCGGCGGCUGCGCUCCCGCAAGGGCCCGCCUGCAUUGAUCUGAGCCUGACGCCGGACCACGAUACGCUGCUGGCGUGCUACACGCAAGCCGCGGAAGGCGGAGACAUCAGCAUCGUUGACGCCCGCCUGUCGGUGCUCGACUCUGCCAGCGACGCCGCGCCGGCGCCGGCACACGCAGGGUGCGCAGGCGCCGACGCCGGCGGCGGCGGCGCGCCGGUUGCAGCCGCGGCGCGGGGCUGCAGCACGGCGGAGCUGGCGCGGGCGCUGGGGCUGCCCAUCCUGCUGGUGGUCGACGUCGCCGCCUUCCGCAGCGCCGCCAGCAUCGCCGCGCUGCUGCGGGGGUUCGCCUCUGCCGAUGGCGGCCUCGAGGUGGCCGGCCUGCUGCUCAACCGCACCGGCGGGGCGGGCGCGGUGGAGGAGCUCGUGCGCGGCCUCGCGGCCGCCGGCGUGGACGCGCCCGUCGUCGGGUCGCUGCCGCAGCUGGGCGACGGCGCCGCGGGCGCGGGCUCCGGCGCGGGGGCGGGCGCGUGGGGUGGCACCGCGUGCGCCUCGGUCAUUGGCUCGGCCUGCAGCGAAUGGAGCGGCAGCUCCCAGCCGCGCCACUCAUUCGGCGGCGGCGGCGGCGGCGGCGAGGCGGCGCAUGAGGCCGCCCUGGCGGCGCGCGCGCGGCGCCAGCUGUCCCUGGACGCGGACGCGCUGCUGGCGAUCGCGGCGCGCGCGCGCACGCCGGCGCCCGAGGCCCCGCUGCCGCCGCCGGCGCGCGCGUUCAGGGUGGUGGUCGGCAUCGCCUUUGACCAGGCCUUCCACCGAUACUUCCAGCA